AUGUUCACAGAAUCGUAUCAAUGGAAACAUUCUUUCAGUUCGCCAACAGCCUGUGAUCAGUCCACAAUAGUGAAUGAAUCACCUACAAUAUCCGGUGUAAAUGCAAACCUUCAAUGUACUACAACUUCUACUACAUGUGGCUCUUAUACUGCAGUAAGUAUAGCUGAAUAUUGUACUGAUUUCAGCGCUCUCGCUGACUCCAGUUCAGGACAAAUUUCUACUGUUGAAAAUAUCACGGCUGGUUCUGCAUUUUGUGUAGUUUUUCAAGGUAGCGGUUGGAUUGGUCUUCAAUCAUCAAAUUGUGGUUCAAGUGGAAGAAGGAAAAGCAAGACCAAAUCCAACUCUGGUGGUUCAGGAACAACAACCGGAGUCACUUGUUACAGUGCAAGUGCUGCUAUCGAAGUUUCAAUAAAUACAUUGACUGAUAUAACGAUUCCGGUGAUCGAUGCUGAUAAUAACUAUACCAGUUGGCGUUGGGCUCGUAAGACAGCUGCACUGGAUGAAUGUGGUGAUGUCUGUCAAGCAGCACCAGGCAGUGUGUUAGAUGCUAAAAGCUGCCCUGGCGAAGCUCCAGUAACCACAACUACAACGACAACUACCAGUACAACAAGUACCACUACAACAAUUACCACGGCUACAAUAACUUUUACGAGGACAACUACAGCAGCAACAUUUCUAGUUCUAUUGAGUUUAUGUUGUUGUUGUUGGUGGUGGUGGUGGCUAUUGCAAGUUUAUUUUAAUCGAUAA